CAUGGAUAUAGACGGAGCGUUCACUUCACUCUUUCUGCUUCUCUCCCUUUCCUCCUCCUCUUUAUUCUACUUCACUGUUUUCUUUGGCUUCUGGUGUUCUUUUUUUCAAUAUUUACUAUCAAGAACCCGAAAAUAAUAAUGUCAUUCCAAAAUCCACUUAAGCCCUUGAGACAGGAGCCUCCUUCAAACUGAUUGCUCAAGCCUCAAGCGUGAAAUCACCUUCCAGUUUCUACCGGGCGUCCUCUGAAAUCGCCUUUCAGGCCGCGUCAAGCCGAUUUCUCGGCGGAACAGCCGAGAAAUCGCCGAUCCGCUCCUGAUCCGUUCCCAUUUCAUUUGGUUUUAGGUCAUUAACAUCCGUGUUCCUCAUGGAGAAUGCCUUGGCUACUGGGCUUCGUUUUCGAAGGAUUCCACGCCAGUCUUUUUCUAAUUGCUUUCAGAUGGACCCAUUGCUUGAUGAAAACUUGGAGCAGUGGCCACAUCUAAACGAGCUUGUCCAGAGCUAUGGGACUGACUGGGUCAAAGAUGAACACAAGUAUGGGCACUAUGAAAGCAUUGGCCCCAUCACAUUUCACAAUCAGAUAUUUGAGGGGCCGGAUACUGAUAUGGAAACAGAAAUGGAGCUAGCUAAUGCCAGAAGAAGUAGGAUACAAGAUUCAACCGAAGAAGAGACGGCUAGUACAUCUGGGAAUCAUCUUUCAGGAUCAAACUUUUACAAUUCAUCAAAUGGAGAGAUUUCGAAGCUCUGUCAUUUUGGAGAACCUCCACUGCCGGCAUAUGAACCUGUUUUUGACUGGGAUAAUGAGAGAUCAACAAUAUUUGGUCAAAGAAUCCCUACCGCUAACAUAUUUCAGUACACCAGUGGGCUAAGGAUUGCAGUGAAAGUGCUAUCCUUAUCAUUUCAAGCUGGAUUUGUGGAGCCAUUUUACGGCACAAUUUGUUUAUAUAAUAGGGAGAGAAGGGAAAAACUUUCAGAGGAUUUCAUUUUCCACAUGUUACCAGCAGAAAUGCAAGAUACAAGCAGUUCAGUUGAGGCUCGUGGAAUUUUUCGUGUGGAUGUACCAUCAGCAUCAAUUUGUUUGCUUGUCCAGUUAGAAAAGCCUGCUACUGAGGAAGGUGGAGUGACUUCAUCUGUUUAUUCCCGCAAAGAACCAGUUCACCUUUCUGAGAGGGAGAAACAAAAGCUGCAAGUCUGGUCCCGAAUCAUGCCUUAUAGGGAGUCCUUUGCCUGGGCAAUCAUCCCACUUUUUGAUAGUGGUAUUACUUCUGCUUCGGCUGGGCCUGCCUCUCCCAGCAGUCCACUUAUUACUAGCAUUUCAGGCUCAAGUUCUCAAGAGGGUGCUGCUUAACCAGUUUCAAAGAUAACAUUGGAUGGAAAGCUGGGGUACUCUAGUGGAAACUCUGUUGUAGUUGAAGUGUCAAAUCUGAGCAAAGUUAAAGAAAGUUAUACUGAGGAGUCACUUCUGGAUCCUAAGCGAAAGCUUCACAAGCCAGUGAAGGGUGUCUUGAGAUUGGAGAUUGAGAAGCUACAAUCUGGCCUAGUUGAUUCUGAAAAAUCUGUUGAGAGCAGAAGUGUAAAUGGUGAUAUGGUGGGUAAUCUUGUGCCUGGCACCACUUUCACAAAAUGUCCCAGUUAUAGAACUGAUGGACGGCAGAGUGCAUAUUUGGAUCCGCAUUCCUCUGAUAGGAUAGAGCUGGAUGGAAAUGGAUCAGUAUCUCAUGGAUUGACUGAUACUGAACCUAGUGAUUUCCAGGCUUUUGACUUUCGGAUAACUUCGAGGAAUGAGCCUUUCUUACAUCUUUUCCACUGCCUUUAUGUGUAUCCUUUGACUGUCAGCAUGAGUAGAAAAAGAAAUUUGUUUAUACGAGUAGAACUGAGACAGGAUGAUGGAGAUAUCCGAAAACCGCCACUAGAGGCAAUGCAUCCAAGGGAACCAGGCUCUGCACUUCAGAAAUGGGCUCAUACUCAAGUUGCCGUUGGAGCUAGGGUUGCUUGCUACCAUGAUGAAAUUAAAGCUUCAUUGCCUGCCAUAUGGACCCCGAUGCACCACCUUUUGUUCACUUUCUUUCAUGUUGACCUUCAGACGAAAAUUGAAGUCCCAAAGCCUGUGGUUGUAGGAUAUGCUUCACUUCCUUUGUCCACUUAUGCGCAGUUGAAAUCAGAGAUUUCACUGCCCAUAAUGAGGGAGUUGGUUCCACACUAUUUACAAGACAGUAGCAGGGAAAGGGUGGAUUACCUGGAAGAUGGAAAAAAUGUAUUUAGACUGCGGUUACGUUUAUGUUCGUCAUUGUACCCAAUAAGUGAGAGGAUCAGAGACUUUUUCCUUGAGUAUGAUAGGCAUAUUCUUCGAACAAGUCCACCUUGGGGAUCUGAGCUUCUUGAGGCAAUCAACAGUCUGAAGAAUGUUGAUUCAACAGCUCUGCUUCAGUUUCUUCAGCCAAUUUUGAACAUGCUCCUCCAUCUCAUUGGCAAUGGUGGAGAGACGUUGCAGGUUGCAGCUUUCAGAGCUAUGGUUAAUAUUUUAACACGGGUGCAACAAGAGUCUGUUGAUGAUGGUGAAAGAAAUCUUUUCCUGGUGAACUAUGUUGACUUUGCUUUUGAUGAUUUUGGUGGCCGUCAACCUCCAGUUUACCCGGGUUUGUCCACAGUGUGGGGAAGUUUGGCCCGCAGCAAGGCCAAAGGUUACCGUGUUGGGCCAGUUUAUGAUGAUGUUUUGGCUAUGGCUUGGUUCUUUCUUGAACUUGUUGUCAAAUCCAUGGCACUAGAGCAGACUCGGUUGUUCUAUCACAAUCUUCCUUCAGGAGAAGAUGUCCCUCCGAUGCAGUUGAAAGAUGGUGUCUUUAGAUGUAUAAUGCAGUUGUAUGAUUGCCUGCUAACAGAAGUUCAUGAGCGCUGCAAAAAAGGUCUAGGGUUGGCCAAAUAUCUAAACAGUAGCUUGGCUUUCUUUUGUUAUGACCUUCUGUCUACGAUAGAGCCCCGCCAAGUUUUUGAACUGGUGUCUUUGUACCUUGAUAAGUUCUCUGGUGUAUGCCAAUCAGUGCUGCAUGAUUGCAAGCUUACAUUUUUGCAGAUUUUAUGUGAUCAUGAUCUUUUUGUCGAAAUGCCUGGGAGAGACCCUUCAGAUAGAAAUUACCUUUCAUCAGUUCUUAUACAAGAGAUUUUCCUCACUUGGGACCACGAGGAUUUAGCUAUGCGGGCCAAGGCAGCUAGAAUAUUGGUGGUCCUAUUGUGCAAGCAUGAGUUCGACGUUCGCUACCAAAAGUUGGAGGAUAAACUUUAUAUAGCUCAAUUAUACUUUCCCCUUGUAGGCCAGAUUCUAGAUGAAAUGCCUGUCUUCUACAACUUGGGUUCAACUGAAAAGCGUGAAGUCCUAAUUGCUGUUUUGCAAAUCAUACGCAACUUGGAUGAUGCCUCUCUUAUCAAAGCUUGGCAGCAAAGCAUUGCUCGUACCAGAUUAUUUUUCAAACUCUUGGAGGAAUGCUUAAUUCAUUUUGAGCACAGGAAACCUGAUGAUAGCAUGCUUAUGGGCAGUAGUUCUCGCAGUCCUUUGGGAGAUAAGCCCUUUUCCUCCAAGUACUCUGAUAGACUUUCUCCUGCAAUUAACCACUAUCUUUUGGAGGCCGCACGCCAAGAAGUUGGACCUCAGGGAACACCUGAAAAUGGGUAUCUGUGGCAAAGAGUCAACUCCCAGCUAAGCUCCCCUAGUCAGCCAUAUUCCUUGAGGGAAGCUCUUGCUCAGGCCCAAUCAUCGAGGAUUGGAGCUUCAACCCAAGCAUUAAGGGAAUCUUUGCAUCCAGUAUUGAGGCAAAAAUUGGAACUUUGGGAGGAAAACCUGAGUGCUGCUGUCAGUCUUCAAGUUUUGGAAAUAAUCGAGAAAUUUUCAGGGGCUGUAGCAUCUCAUACAAUUGCUACAGACUAUGGAAAACUUGAUUGUAUUACAUCUAUAUUCAUGAUAAUCUUCUCACACAACCAACCGCUGGCUUUUUGGAAGGCUCUCUUUCCAGUGUUCAAUAAUGUCUUUGAGCUUCAUGGUGAAACCCUGAUGGCGAGGGAAAACGAUCGUUUUCUGAAGCAAAUCGCUUUCCAUCUUCUUCGGCUUGCGGUUUUCCGAAAUGAGAAUAUUAGGAAAAGAGCUGUUAUUGGGCUUCAGAUACUUGUUCGGAGUUCUUUCUCUUACUUUAGGCAGACAGCAAGAUUACGGGUUGUAUUAACUAUUACAUUAUCAGAGUUGAUGUCUGAAGUCCAAGUUACGCAUAUGAAAUCUGAUGGAACUCUGGAAGAAAGUGGUGAAGCACGUCGCCUUCGGAAAUCUUUAGAGGAAAUGGCUGAUGAAUCUAAGAGCCUCAAUUUACUCACAGAGUGUGGUCUUCCAGAAAAGGCUCUCCUUGCCUGUUGUGAACAAUUGUCAGAGAAUUGUUGGUCGUGGUCAGAAGUUAAAGUUCUCUCUGACAGUCUUCUUUCUGCUCUUGAUGCUAGCCUGGAACAUGCACUUCUGGCGUCUGUCAUGACACUGGACAGAUAUGCUGCUGCCGAGAGCUUUUACAAACUUGCAAUGGCAUUUGCUCCAGUUCCGGAUCUUCAUAUUAUGUGGCUUUUGCAUCUAUGUGAUGCACAUCAGGAGAUGCAGUCUUGGGCUGAAGCAGCACAAUGUGCUGUUGCUGUUGCUGGUGUAGUGAUGCAGGCCCUUGUAUGCAGGAAUGAUGGAGUAUGGAGCUCUGAUCAUGUCAGUGCAUUGCGCAAGAUAUGCCCCAUGGUCAGUGGUGAGAUCACAUCUGAGGCUUCAGCAGCCGAGGUAGAAGGAUAUGGUGCCUCAAAACUUACUGUUGAUUCAGCAGUUAAGUACCUGCAACUUGCAAAUAAACUUUUCUCUCAAGCUGAGCUCCACCAUUUCUGUGCCAGUAUCCUAGAACUUGUUAUUCCAGUAUAUAAGAGCAGAAGGGCAUAUGGACAGCUGGCCAAGUGCCACACGAUGCUAACCAAUAUAUACGAGUCAAUUCUUGAGCAGGAAUCGAGUCCCAUACCUUUUGCAGAUGCUACAUAUUAUAGGGUUGGAUUCUAUGGUGAAAAAUUCGGUAAGCUUGAUAGGAAGGAGUAUGUAUAUAGAGAACCCCGUGAUGUAAGGUUGGGUGAUAUAAUGGAGAAACUUAGUCAUAUAUAUGAGUCAAGAAUGGAUGGUACAACAUUGCACAUUAUCCCAGACUCACGCCAGGUCAAAGCUGAUGAACUGCAACCAGAAGUUUGCUACCUGCAGAUAACUGCCGUUGAUCCUGUUAUGGAAGAUGAGGACCUGGGAAGCAGAAGAGAGAGAAUAUUCUCACUUUCUACUGGGAGUGUCCGUGCACGGGUGUUUGACCGAUUUCUGUUUGAUACUCCUUUCACGAAAAAUGGAAAGACUCAAGGUGGGCUGGAAGACCAAUGGAAGCGGCGAACAGUACUACAGACUGAGGGUUCUUUCCCUGCCCUAGUAAAUCGCCUCCUGGUAACAAAAUCCGAGUCACUUGAGUUCUCUCCAGUCGAGAAUGCAAUUGGCAUGAUUGAAACUCGCACAGCAGCACUAAGAAAUGAACUUGAAGAACCACGUAGCUCGGAAGGUGAUCAACUCCCACGUCUACAGAGUCUUCAAAGAAUACUUCAAGGCUCUGUUGCUGUUCAGGUGAACAGUGGAGUCCUCAGUGUUUGUACAGCAUUUCUUUCUGGUGAGCCUGCAACAAGACUGCGGUCACAAGAGUUACAGCAGCUGAUUGCAGCACUCCUAGAAUUUAUGGCUGUUUGCAAGCGUGCUAUCCGUGUGCACUUCCGUUUAAUUGGUGAGGAAGAUCAGGAAUUUCACACACAGCUUGUAAAUGGGUUUCAGUCACUAACUGCAGAACUGUCACAUUACAUCCCUGCCAUACUUUCAGAACUUUGACAUGAAAAUUCCUCUCUUUUCUUUCUUAUUUCUUUUUUGUCAUUACUGUUUUCUAGCAAGGGCUGUAGGAUUGUUCUAUUUAACUGGUUUUAUCGUUUGUAAUUGUCUUUUUAUGCUGAUUUGGGUCAUUGUUCAUAUGUUUGUAUGCUAUGUUUUCUCUGUUUAUAUUGGGAGAAAUUAUAUUGACUUCUGCCUUU